GUAGUGCGCUUGGUAGGGGGAGUCUUCCGUCUGGGCGGAGCGGAUCACAUCGGCAGAUUGCCAAUUCGGCGGAGUUGGCGGGCAAGUAGGCAACGAGGUCGUGGAGGCGGAAGAGGCGACGAAGAGAGUGCGAGCGAGUGGGAGAGAAGGGGAGAGAGAGAGAGAGGAAGAAGACGAUGGCGUGCACUACCGCAAGAACGGUGGCGACGGCUGCCAUAGCUUCUUCCUCUCUGGCGGCGGCGGCGGGUACCGGUCGGAAGGAGCAGGUCUCUGCGACCGGUCCGUCGUCGAAGGCGCAGUUUUCGUCUUGGUCUGGUCUGAGAACAUACGGCGGGGCGCUUGGCCACGUGUCUAUGACGGAGAGAGGCAGCCAUAGCCACGCCAGGAGUAAGCACGAAUGCGGCGCAGCUCGCGCCAUGGCGGUCACAGUGAAGAAGCACGUCACUACCAAGUCCGAAGAAAUCUUCGAAGCCGCCAAGGGGGAGGAGGACGAAGACGUGGAGGAGCAGGAGGAGGACAAAGACGUGGAUGAGGAGCAGGAGGACGAUGAAGCUGUGGUGGAGGAGGAAGAUCAGGAGGACGAAGACAAGGAACACAACAACAAAGAUCCGAAAAAGAAAAAGACAGAAAAAGGGCGCCACAUGGCACAAGCAGGGGCAGGGGGGGGGAGGUUAUCUCAAGUACAUGACGACGACCAAGACGAGGGGGAGGAGAACGAGGGCGAGGAGAGCGAAGACGUGGAGGAGGAGCAGGAGGAGGACAAAGACGUGGACGAGUCGGAGGAGGACAAAGACGUGGACGAGUCGGAGGAGGACGAAGACAUGGAGGAGGAGGAGCAGGAGAAGGACGAAGAUGAGGAACACGAUGACAAAAAUCAGAAGAAAAAAAGACAGGAAAAGGGUGCCAGGUGGCACGAGCAGGGACGGCGGGGGGGGGGAGGAGGACGAAGACGUGAGGAGCGGGAGAAGGACGAAGAUGUGGAGGAGGAGGAGGGGCAGGAGGAUGAAGACGUGGAGGAGGAGCUGGAGGAGGGCGGAGAUGUGGAGGAGGACGAAGACGUGAACGAGUCUCUGAUCGAGACUCUGAAGAAAGGCACCAGCUUUGGUGCUCCCUGCUAUCUGGAGAACGUGCUUGCUAAGGCGGUGAUUGAUGCUGUGCCUAGCAUUGAGAUGGUGCGAUUUGUGAACUCAGGAACAGAGGCCUGCAUGGGGAUGCUCCGGUUGGCGAGGGCUUUCACAAAGAGAGAGAAGAUCAUUAAGUUUGAAGGGUGUUAUCACGGCCACGCUGACUCCUUCCUUGUCAAAGCCGGCAGUGGUGUAGCCACUCUCGGUCUACCGGACUCUCCGGGAGUGCUCAAGGAAUCUACGGCUGCCACUCUCACUGCGCCCUACAACGAUCUUGCAGCUGUCGAGGCACUUGUGGAGAACAACAAGGACCAGGUUGCAGCCAUCAUCCUUGAACCUGUGGUUGGAAAUGCCGGAUUCAUUCCGCCAAAGAUGGAAUUCCUCCGAGGCCUGAGAGAAGUGGCCACAAAGAAUAGUAUCCUCCUCGUCUUUGAUGAAGUCAUGACUGGGUUCCGAAUUGCAUAUGGCGGCGCUCAGGAAUACUUCGGCGUGACACCCGAUUUGACAACACUCGGGAAGAUCAUUGGUGGUGGUCUGCCCGUUGGUGCUUAUGGCGGGCGGCGAGAGAUCAUGGAGAUGGUGGCUCCUGCUGGUCCCAUGUACCAGGCUGGUACACUGAGCGGCAAUCCUGUGGCCAUGAUGGCUGGGAUCAAGACUCUGGAACGUCUUCGUAAACCAGGAACCUACGAAUACCUUGACAAGAUCACAUCCAGGUUGGUAGAGGGGCUGUUGUCGGCAGCACGCGAGACUGGUCAUGCUGCCUGUGGAGGGUCCAUCAGGGGCAUGUUCGGGUUCUUUUUUUGUGAAGGGCCAGUUCACAACUUCGAAGAUGCGAAGAAGAGCGAUACGGAGAAAUUUGCUAGAUUCCACAGAGGCAUGCUGGAGCAGGGAGUGUACUUGGCCCCAUCUCAGUACGAGGCAGGGUUUACGGGACUCUGCCACACGGACGAGGACAUAGACUUCACCAUCAACGCUGCUAAGGUAGUGAUGGCCAGCCUUUGAGGGGGAGCUGGGAAUAGGCGGUGCAGGCGAAAUCCUCCGCCUCUUUUUUCAAAUAAUAAUGGGUUGGAUUUCCUGGUCCAACGGUAGUACACACAUGGUCCACCUUGUGCUGCUGCUGCUGCCACUGUGAGGCUGUGCACAUUUUUGUCUGGCAUCAUGUGCAGUGAGUACUAAGUAGUAUGUACAGAGAAAUGGUUGCAUUUGUUAGGGCAAUUGCCGCAGGUUGCAGUAAAAGGGCUCACUACGGAGAUCCGGCGGCGCUUUUCCAGAGCUGAUGGUGAGAUAGUGUAAGAGAGAGAGGAUUGGAGAGUAGUCAAGCAGGAAAAAACAACUUUUGGAAAAAUACUUUGCGUGCUCAGUUAUGGAUUGAUCUUAUUGGUUCCUUGAGGUUUGUCUGCAGCAGGAGAUUACCAUGUACUCAGCUCCUUCACAUCCGAACAGUACAACAUUUGUGGAGUCCCCUCCUACAUUUGAGCAGUCCCACAUUUGAAGAAUCCCAAGUUUGUGGAGUCCCACAUUUGUGGUCUCAGAAAGUAUCUCCUUUGCGUACCCAGAUUUGCGGCGUCCGACAUUUUGAAGAGUCCCAGAUUUGCGGAGUCCCACAUUUGUGGGCCCAGAAAGUAUGCUCUUUCUUGGUUCUUUCAACUGCUUUGUAUGUACCACUUGGUGGUGAGUGUGUGGAUGGAAGGAUGGAUUUGGCAGACAAUGCACAUCCACAGGAGUGAGAAACAUAGUAGAACAGCUGAGAGCCACAGCCGAGAGCGCAGAAAACGCUUCUGUCGUAACCCAGUCCAAGGAGAGCACUCAGAGCACAUGUAUGCCUACUUUGAUGUCCGAGCAACUUCAACUCAGAAAAAAAAAAAAAAAAAAAAAAACCAUCUGUAGCCCCUAGCUCAGAUCUCCAGGCGUCUGUGCAUGCACGCAAAGGCGGCCAUGUGAAUGUGUGUGCAUGUAUGUGCAUGUAUGUGCACAUACAUACAUUGCUACAGACGUCUAUUCAGCUAGAACAGUGCACUUUGUGAAACAAAUGCAAAUGUACAUA